GCCCUGUGGUCGUUGGAUAGGGGAUAAGAUGUGUAAGCACCGGAGUACCCCUUUAAACCUAGGAAAGAGGAGGGAGACCCCCUGCAGGAGAGGUGGCACAAUAUACAUACAAAGUCCAGAAACAGUUUGCUCAAAUCUCAAGUGUGCAAACCUUAAAGGGGUACUUCGCUCCAGUCCCCCUGCAAUCUCAAGGCCGGUGACCGCGACAUAUUCAGAACACGGAAACUUGGAGCUUCUGUGUUCAUGACAUCACGCCAGACUCCCUCCAUUCAUGACUAUGGGAGGGGGUGUGAGGGCUAGUACAGGGAUCCAAAUCUCAAAGCAUAAAAAAGAAAGAGGAUCAUUCGUAGGAAGCACAGAAGAAACUAGGCCGGGUAACAGGCACAAUAAUCAGCUGACAGUAAUGUUUGUAGGAGGCCCGAACCAGAGGAAGGAUUAUCACAUCGAAGAAGGAGAAGAGCUAUUUUACCAGUUAGAAGGAGAUAUGUGCCUGAAGAUAAUAGAGAAUGGAGAACAUAAGGACAUCAACAUUAAAGAAGGGGAGAUGUUUCUGCUUCCUGCUCGGAUACCGCAUUCUCCGCAAAGAUUCCCACAUACGGUGGGGCUGGUGUUUGAGAGGAGGAGAUCGGAGGCCGAAAAAGAUGGCUUGAGGUAUUACGUGAACAAUUCGACUGAAGUUUUAUUUGAAAAGUGGUUUCACUGUGAAGAUCUUGGAGUUCAGCUCGCACCAAUAAUCAAUGAAUUUUUCAACUCAAAACAAUAUAAAACAGGAAAACCUGACCCAGACCAAAUACCACAAAGACCGCCAUUCCCGAUAAAUACCGAGAAAGUGAUGGAAGCAUUUUCCUUUCAGAGUUGGCUAGAUACACACCGUUCCGAAAUAGAGAAGAAAAAAUCUGUCAGUUUGUUUGAAGACCGAUAUGAAACUAAGGCUACAGUCUAUGGAGAAGGAGAAACUAGAGAUACCACAUUACCUACGGAUACCUGGUUAUGGCAGCUGGAGGGCUCCUCGGUGGUAUCUGUAGGUGACAAGGUUCUGACACUGACUACUGGAGACAGCCUUCUCAUACCUCUGCAGACUAAAUUUUCCUGGAAGAGACAUGAUGGGUGCAUCGCCUUCUGCGUUUGCCUGGAUCCGGCUCAAAGAAAACCUUACAAUUAAUCACACGAUCAGAGAAUUUCCAGAUCUGCUACACAUUUCUUAUGACACCAUUUCAUUAAACAUGUUCAUGAAUAAACCAGAUGU